AUGAGAUCUCUGUGGCUGCUCAGAACCCCCUUCCUGUGUGGCCCGCUCUAGGCCUUUUAAGCUUUGGGUUCCAGGGCUGAGGUGCCUGGAGCAAGCUUCUCCCAUCCUGGCAGUGUGGGCCUGGAUGAGAACACAGUGCAUGACCAAGAGCAUAUCAUGGCGCAUCUAAAAAGCAUCAUCAACAAACCAGAGGCGAUGUCUCCACAAGAGCUACAGCUCCAUUAUUUCAAAAUGCUUGAUUAUGAUGACAAUAAUUUGCGUGAUGGCCUAGAACUUUCCAUAGCCAUCACUCACGUCCAUAUGGAGGAAGAGAAUGAACAGGCACCACCAAUGAGUGAAGCUGAACUGAUUAACUUGAUGUUGUUUGUUUUGAGAAAGGAUGACAAGAACAAUGAUGAAUACAUUGACUAUGCUAAUUUGCAAAAUCACAGAAGUACACAUUGUUUGGCCACCUAG